AUGGGGGGAGGCAAUCCGUGGAAGUGGAUGCGUCCAUGGCAUAAAGGGUCGCCUUCUGGGCGGAUCAGUGCUAUCAAUGCACCCGGGCAGCCACUGGUGUCACUAGACUACGUGCAGCACCUGCCACCGCCGCGUUACAAUUGGAUCCACUAUUUUCCGGCGCCGACUCUCCGUGAGUGCAUCGAUGAUUUCGAAGUCUCGCGAUCCCAUCAUCAAUUGCAGGCACCGGAUCAGCCUGCGGCGACGAUAGUGACGCUCUUUUCGAGGACUCAGGUUUUCAUUCUAGGAGUCAACUUUUCCGAGCAAAAGCUCGUGAAGAAGGCGCUUGAGUCUUUCUUCGCUCUCGGGCCAACCACAUCAUCCCGCAUUUUGGCCAAAUACUCCAUCUCCCCCAUGUCCAAAGUCGGCGCUCUGCCACCGAAAACCGUCACGGCUCUUACGGCAGAGUUAUCGACAAUGACGAUAGAAAGCGAUGCGCGGAAGAUCAUUCAACAGAACGUCAUGAGACUAAAGGAUAUGGGAAGUUACCGGGGAAGAAGACACGCCAUGAACCUCCCCGUGAGAGGACAGCGGACGAGGACCCAGAUCGAGUCGGCCAGGAAGCACAAUUCUGCGAACAGACGAUGGUAA